GUUUCUGCUUCGUGAGCGGCUGAAGCCGAUCGAGUGGGUUUACAAAUAACGAACGCAGCCAUUACAGAAAUUGAACAGGCCUGCCUCCACCCAGCCCAGCAAAUCAGCUGCCAGCCUGCCAGGGCUGUAUCGCCUGCCUCCCGCAGCAGCACCUGCUGUGCUGUGCUGAGCUGCCCAGUGCCCCAGGACCUGGCAUGCCCAUCAUGCUCCUCACAAGGCUGGGCCUGCUCUGGGUGGUGGUGCCCUGGCAAGCGGGCUCUGUGUCCUUUCCCGAUGGAGUUGCUCGCACUGAGUGCCGGGGCCGUUACUUCUGGAUCUGGCUGGACAAGGCGUUUGUGGGGCAGAGCCACUGGCGGUAUGGGGUCUACACCGAGUCAGGGCAGUACAUCGAGGUGACACGGCAGCUGGCUUCGCAGUGCGGAUUCAUGGCAGGCACUGACCUCCGUGGGAACCCCCAGAUCCGCAUCUCCUUCCUGGCUUGUUCCGUCCGCAACACGUUUGACCAGGAUUUCAGCCUGCAGCUGUGGGUGGAGGUGACAGGCGCUGUGGGGCCCAGCAUUCCCUAUGACAUGACCAUCCGCUGCCCCUUGGGAGCCCCCUGGAGCCCCCGGGAGAUUGUCUGCGAGGAGAACUACAUGGAGGUGUCGGUCCGGCGGGCUGUGCCUGGGAUCGCCAGGGAAGUGCUGAAUGAGGACUGGAUCGCUGCCUGGCCGGUGGCCCAGGGGGCGCUGAACCAGGUGUGGCAGGUUGUCUUCCACUUCCGGAACGGCUCCCUGCUCAGCAUGCCCGCCACGCAGGCCCACAGCCUGGGCUACGGGGUCAACACCACGGCCACCCGCGUCCUCUUCCGGGCACCCUAUGGCACAGCCCAGAGCGAGAUCACCUCAGUGGAGGGGCUGGAGGUGGAAGUGGCCAGGGUGACAGUGUUCUACAAACAAGCCUGGAUGAUCCUCAUGGUGGACACAGCUGUGGCCUGCCCUGUCAAUUCCCCAGUGGUCAAUGCUACAAGCCUGAGCUGGGUGACGCCGCGGAUCCUGCCAUCCCUGGUGCUGUGGCCAGAGCAGUACCAAGACGAAGUUCAGAUGGGCCUGGAUGGUCAUGUGAUUGAUGCGGGCACUGUUGCACGCAAUGGCUAUACCUUCCCGACAGACUCCAGGCUCAUCCGCAUCAUGGUGCCCAUCGGUGCCCCCGGGGGGCUGCUGCAGAGCGCCCUGGUGGGUAAUCGCUAUGGAACCAGGUAUAGCAUCCACCUGCUGCUGGACCGGCACUGGCAAGGGGAUGAAAGUGACCGGACCCGUCACCGCAGCUACCGUCCCAUCCGCACCCCUUUCUCCCCAGAGACACCCCGGAUCAUCGACGACACUGUGGCAGCGCAGGGCUACUUCAAGGUGCGCCUGGGGCACUUCCUGCCCGACGUGGAGCUGGUCUCUGUCUCGGUGGGCGGACGUCCCUUCAGCCGCCAUGAGGCUGAGGAUCGUGGCUUUGACCCCCAUGAGGUCCCCAACCUUAACGAUACCAGGGCCUUUGGGCUGAGGGUGCCCUUUGCUGACCCCCUGGUGCAGCAGCAGAGUUGGCUAAAAGCAUACGGCUAUUUGCUUCCCUCUGAAAGCCGAAUGUCUGCCCUGCACUCAGGAAAAGCUAUGCAGUCUGCAGUUGCAACUAUGCAACAAUUUUAUGGGAUCCCAGUAACAGGAGUGUUGGAUCAGACAACUAUUGAAUGGAUGAAGAAGCCUCGAUGUGGGGUUCCUGAUCAUCCCCAUAUAAGCCAUAGCCGAAGGAAUAAGCGAUAUGCGUUAACUGGACAAAAAUGGAGGCAGAAACAUAUAACAUACAGUGUACACAACCACACCCCCAAGGUUGGAGAGCUUGAUACAAGGAGAGCCAUUCGUCAGGCAUUUGAUGUUUGGCAGAGAGUGACGCCACUAACUUUUGAAGAGGUUCCUUAUCAUGAAGUUAAAAGUGACAGGAAGGAAGCAGAUAUUAUGAUAUUUUUUGCUUCUGGUUUCCAUGGAGACAGUUCUCCAUUUGACGGAGAAGGUGGAUUCCUAGCCCAUGCUUAUUUUCCUGGACCAGGAAUUGGAGGAGAUACUCACUUCGAUUCAGAUGAGCCAUGGACUUUGGGAAAUUCUAAUCAUGAUGGGAAUGAUCUCUUUCUGGUUGCCGUCCAUGAGCUGGGUCACGCCCUGGGCCUAGAACACUCCAAUGACCCCAGUGCUAUCAUGGCUCCUUUCUACCAGUACAUGGAAACACACAACUUUAAACUCCCACAGGAUGAUCUCCAAGGAAUUCAGAAAAUCUAUGGUCCACCUGCUGAGCCACUGGAGCCCACCAGACCUUUACCAACUCUUCCUGUGCGCAGGAUUCACUCCCCUUCAGAAAGGAAACAUGAAAGACAGCCAAGACCCCCCAGGCCACCUUUAGGUGAUAGGCCAUCAACUCCAGGCAUGAAACCCAACAUCUGUGAUGGCAACUUUAACACUGUGGCUCUGUUUAGAGGAGAAAUGUUUGUUUUCAAGGAUCGUUGGUUUUGGCGUCUGCGCAACAACCGAGUGCAGGAGGGGUAUCCCAUGCAGAUUGAACAAUUCUGGAAAGGCCUCCCUGCAAAGAUUGAUGCUGCCUAUGAGAGAUCUGAUGGGAAAUUCGUUUUCUUUAAAGGAGAUAAAUACUGGGUUUUCAAGGAAGUGACAGCAGAGCCAGGGUACCCGCACGGCUUGGUGGAGCUGGGAAGCUGUCUUCCCCGGGAAGGCAUUGACACAGCUUUGCGAUGGGAGCCAGUCGGAAAAACCUAUUUCUUCAAAGGAGACAAGUACUGGCGCUAUAACGAGGACAAGAAAGCGACUGACCCAGGAUACCCAAAGCCCAUCACUGUGUGGAGGGGAAUCCCACAGGCCCCACAAGGAGCUUUCAUCAGCAAAGAAGGCUUUUAUACCUACUUCUAUAAAGGGAAGGAUUAUUGGAAGUUCGAUAACCAGAGGCUGAGUGUGGAGCCAGGCUACCCUAGGUCAAUCCUCAAAGACUGGAUGGGCUGCAACCAAAAGGAAGUUGAACAAAGCAAAGAGAGACGCUUCCCCCACGAUGAUGUGGAUAUUAUGGUGACAAUCAAUGAUGUGCCUAGCACUGUAAAUGCAAUUGCAGUAGUUAUCCCUUGCAUCUUAUCUCUGUGUAUCCUUGUCUUGGUAUAUACCAUCUUCCAGUUUAAAAACAAAGAAGUGCAGCAAAAUGUUACCUAUUACAAACGACCUGUCCAGGAAUGGGUAUGACACAUUCACUUGCACAUUUCAGCUCAGAGCUGCUCAAAUGAGUUCUGAAGUCCAUCAAAACAAAACUGUUCAAGUGACUUAUUAUGAGUCAUGGGAGUUCUGGGACUGAAAGAAGCAGGAAAUACAGAGGUGGCCUUGCAGAGUGGAGCCUCUCUCCUUCUUACUGCCUCAGUCAUGUGUCUGUCUUGCUGUGCCAUUCUCCACAGGCCCCCUUGUGCGUGUCAGAGACUGCAAGAGGAAUUUUCUUGAAAUGUUUUUCAGCUGACUUGGGAAACCUUCUUCAGUGCCCUGUCCCAUGGUCUCUGUUAAACCCAGCAUUCUCCAGUGUAGCUAAUCACCUCUAAAUGGACCAGGUUUUUUACAGUUGUCUCAUAAAUGAAUUAAGAUAAUUCAGUCUAUGAAACAGGAGCAAUUCAGUAUCUUAAGGAGAAGACAUGCUGAUGCUGAAUCAUUCUAAAAAAUCUUCUUAGUUUAUUACAAGAACCAGGGAAUUACCUGGAUGCAAUUUUCCAAUACCUGCUGGUCAGAUGUUUUGUACAUUCAUAAUAAUUGAUGCCAUCACUCAGCACAGUUCACAAGGAGGAGGUAAUUCUGUGUAGGCCAGGAGUUCAAAGAACUCUUAACCAGAUAUAGUAAUAGCAACUCCUCAGUUGAGUUAGUCCACAAAACAAAGACCAAAACACUCCCUACUGUUAACAGCCCUAAAUGCUUUUGUUUUAGGAACCCCUCAUGUAAUGAAUAUUUAAAUGUCAUAUUACCACUAUUUGAAAUUCCCAUCAGUCACAAACAAUAAAUUGUUACCAAAACAAUGAACAAUUUAUAUAAGAACUCUGCUGUAUUUUAUCUGAAAAUUCUGGGAAGUGUUGUUAUAGUGGCAUGUGUAAUCAGAUUCUGAAAUUUGCGGCUCAUGUUUCAAGAGAAUGAAAAUGCUUGUUUGCAGGGAAAUCUUCAUUAUAGUUAGGCAAAAUGGCCUGGCUAAAGUAAGAACUAUGCCUGUGCCUAAAACAUGAAAACAUUAUAUAACUUUGAAAAUUAUUUUUCACUCACCUCUUCACACUCAAGUAUCUGGCAAAAAGGUGAAAUGCCAAAGUUCGGUGAGAAAGAUUGUUUUCACAGGCUGACUAGCAGUUCUGAAGAUGAAAGCCUCAGAUAAGAGCUUGAUAAGUAUCUAAAUUUUGGGUACUGAGCUUUGACAAAGCUCCUUCUCAGACAGCAGUUGUCUGUUCUUCCCUCUUGUAAAUGUGAAUGCUCAGGGAUGUCAUGUCCUAGCUAGAGCCUUCCUUAAUCUGAUUUUCCAUGCUGGUAUCCAAACAAUAUGUUAAAUGACUAUGAAAAAAAUGAAGGCAGCACUUCUGUCAACGUUCCAGGUGACAUUCAGCCCUGUGCGAAGAAACCAGCCCUAGGCAACACUUACACAUCACUUGUGUCCUGUUUUGAGAGCUUAACUGGGAUGUGAGUGGGUCCUAGUCCUAGAGUGGGUAUGCUGCCUUGGGCUGAAUUUCACCAGUGUAGCUGAUGAAGCAAGAAGCAUCGAACUGCUGAUUAACAUUCAACAGUGUACAUGAGUCAAAAGUCAAUGUGGAUCUCACAGUUUGUUUCACUUGUUUCUUUUAGCACGUGAUUCAGGUUAUAAGUAUUGAUGAUGACAAGAGCAGGGCAAGGAGAAAGAGAGAUUGUUAGUGUUUGUCUACUUCUACAUGCCUGGCUCGGACUCGGACACUAGCGCGAAGGGGGCGGUAGAACUUUCAGUGACUGGUUUGAAUUACACAUUGUGUGGCCUGACUGUUUUGUAUUUUAUACUUGAUAACGCACUUCAGUAGCCAAGAAACGCUGAGGGCGUCUUCAACAGAAUGAUAAAAUCAGUGGAAGAGAACUCGCUGGAUGUAACAUAUUUGACUUUUAAUGAAAGACGUGAUGGAGUCUCCGGCCGGCCGGACUGCAAACAAAGCACCAGAUAAGGCCAGACCUAAUCACUAACCCCUCUUCCCAACACAGUAUGUUGCUAUGUGUACUAUAGCCCAGGUGGUGACAUGCACAUUAUAACUUCCAGCCCCAUGUGCCACAUUGCAUUUACCAUGCACUUUACUAUUCCUCUGAGCAGCUCCAGGCAGACACCAGUUGAAAAUAUUUCUCUCAUUUCCCUUCUGUCCAAAUCUGGAAUUCUCCCCGCAAAUGACACUGGCCUCUGGGGAAUACUGCGGGUGUCUUAGCCAGCCUUAUCCCUGUCACUUGUCCAUCUCCUGAGGCAGCACAGCCGGAAAUGUUUGCUUUAUCCCGUUAGAAAGCCAGAGAGCCCCCUUGCCAAUGAGGUAUGGCUUCUGGGACAUAUUUUUAGACUGGCCUUCAUUUAUGCUGGAAUAUUGGGAUAGAAGGGUACAACCUGCUCAGGAAGGGCAGGCAGGGAAAAAAGGGAGGUGUUGCCUUAUAUAUUAAAAAUGUGUAUCCUUGGACUGAGAUUGAGCUGGAAAUAGGAGACAGACUGGACAAAAGUCUCUGGAUAAGGAUAAAAGGGCUAAAAAACAAGGGUGAUGUCAGGGUAGGAGUCUACUACAGACCAGCUAACCAGGAAGAAAAGGUGGAUGAGGCUUUUUUUAAACAACUAACAAAAUCAUCUAAAGCACAGGACUGGGUGGUGAUGGGGCACUUCCAACAGAUGCCUGAGUAGUUGAAAAAUAACACAGCAGGGCACAGCUUAUCCAACAAGUUCUUGGAAUGUUGUAGAGACAAUUUAUUUCGGAAGGUGGAGAAAGCUACCAGGGGAGAGGCUGUUCUGGAUUUGAUUUUUACAAAUAGGGAGGAACUGGUUGAGAAUCUGAAAGUGGAAGGCAGCUGGGGUGAAAGUGAUCACGAAAUGGUAGAAUUCACAAUUCUAAGAAAUGGUAGGAGGGAGAACAGCAAAAUAAAGACAGUGGACUUCAGGAAG